UUCAACUGGACAAACAGAAAACACGGCGGCAGAGAAAGAGGAGGAAGCACCUCCUGAUCCCGGCGAAGUCAUCAAGGUGUUCGAGGACGCCAAGGGCAACCUAGACAUCCUGGUGGAUGUGGUCACCAACCUGGAGAGGUCCUUCCUGGAGGCAAAGCCCUUCAGCGCGGGAAGGCGCCCCGGUGUCCGGCGCGAGGACGCGGUGGCCAACAGUCUGCAGUCGCGCGUGGCGGCCACCGCGGGCAGCCUGGGCAGGGUGGCGGCCAGGCUGGCGGCGGGGGCGGAGAGGCUGCAGGCCCAUGUGGACCGGGAGGACCGGUUCUACUGCCAGCUGCGGCAGCUGCAGAUGUUCUGGAAGAUUCACCUCAAUCCCCGUGUCAUCGACUGCCCCUUCAUGGUCGACCUGUCGCUACCCGAACCCGCCGCCAUGGCACCUGCGGCAGCAGCAGCUGCAGGCGCUGCGGGGGGUGCAGGCGCGGGCGCCGCAGACGGCGGCGGGGCAGGCGGUGGCGCCGCCGGCUCCUCCUCCGCCGCCGCCUCCGCCGCGGCUGCCACCGCCAGCCAGCUGGCUGCGGGGCAGUCGCUGACGGGCAACACGUACGAGCUGGGCGGGGGGUCGCUGCUGGUGCCGCUGAUGAAGGAUAAGGGGGGUGCGCUGAGGGUGCAGCUCGAGCUCCCCGCGGAGAGGCCCGAUGUGAACGACACCACCCGAGUAGGCAACACGCGCCUCAAUGCGAAAGGCGCCCGCACGCAGCUGGUGGGGGGCUCCCGGCGGGUGCACGCGCUGCUGCUGCAGCUGCAGCGCCGCCAGCUGUGGCGCCUGGUGGCGGGGGGACUGGAGCGGGACGCGGCGGGGCUGGGGCUGGCGGGGCCUGGGACGGGGGGAGGCGGCGGCAGCGGAGGAGGCGGAGGCGGGGGAGGCCACCCGGUGCAUGUCAGCCUGGCGAGACUGGCCUCCCAGAACGUCCUGCGCACCCCCGACCCCUCCCUGGCCGCCUUGCGCCCCCUCAUGCUGGAACACCUGCUCACUUGCCGCCUGCCGCCGCCCUACAAGCCGCCGCCCCCGCCCCCGCCGCGCCCCGGCUGCGGCCCGCGUCUGCUGCCCCCCGGCGGGCUGGCGGGGCUGCCGCUGCUGCCCGACCUGGCGGCGCUGCUGAACCAGCUGGUGUUCAGGGACCACCAGCGCUACCACCUAGACCUGGAGGCCCACUCCCUGCCGUACGUCACCCUCCGCUGGCGGCCCUGCAGCAGCUCCCUGCUGACGUCAGCCAUGGAGAUCCGACUGGGGGGCGGGCGGCACCGGGUGCUGGUGCUCAUCCGCGACGGGCGCACGGACGUGGAGGGGGUGGUGCAGCCCACGGGCGCGGCGGCGGGCAGCGGCGCGGGCGGCAGUCGCUGGGUGCGGGACUGUCACAUGGG